CUUAUAAGACCCCAGUGAUCCUGGCAUUUGUGGCCAUAGCAGGAGACAGGAGCGAGCACUCCCUGUGGCUCAAGACCUCUGGGCAGCACAGAUGGGACCUGGGAGCCGCCACCUUCCCUGCCGAGUAGCCAUGCCUGCCAUGCAACUAAUGACCAACCCAGGCUAGGAACCGGGGCUUUCUAGGGGUUCCUGGCUUCUUUCCAGCUGCAAGCCAACAGCAGGAGGAUUAACCAGGGACUUGGAGUCCAAGGCUGUGGGCUCUGCACGUGAAGGUUGGCGGAGCUGGAAAUCCCCAUUUUAGGGAAGCUGGUGGUGAGGGCCUUUGCCUUGUGGCUGGUUUUUUAGUGCCAGGCAGACAGCGCUCAGUUGAUGUUCUGGCAAGUAACCUCCCUACCCCAUCAACCUGACAAUGACCACCCAGACGGCUGCCCUGAGACUGAAGAGUCAGGGGACAAAUGGACGCCUGCUUGGGGAAGACAGGGGAGACUGAGGCAUGGCAACUGAGGACACUGUCCCAUGGGGCAUGACAGUGCUGAAAGAGAGAUCCAGGAGUUGGGGAGUGUGGCUGGAAGGCUCUCUUUGGCUCCAGUUGAGCAAAGGGAGGGGGGGGGGUUGGAUGGGGGGAUUUUGCCUGCCCUGUAGCUUUUCUGGGAUGGCAGAGUAGCGUUCCUAUUCCAUUUGGCCCUGUAUCCUGGGAAAGCCUAGAAGAACAAGUGGGGCCAGACACCAGCAGGGAACAGCCGUGCUGCAUGGGCGUCCAGGGAAGAAAGGAAGACUGGGUAUCCGGUGAGUGGUAGGCUGGUAAGUGGUAGGCUGAGGGUCAGGGAGGGCAAGGCGCUCUGGGAGCUUGCUUUAGAGAUCACCUCGGCAGAGGCCUGAGCCCAAGGAAGGAUUGCAGUGAGUGUCCUUGCCCCCCGGAAGGCCAGCGUGGGGUGAGGAUGACGAAAUUGGCACUUAUUAGGACCUUUGAUGGCCAUGACGUUUACCUACCUCAUCUCAAUUCCUACAACAACUCUGCAAGGUGCCACCUCCCACAAGGAUCCCUGCCUUCCUCCUGCCCAGGCAGGCCGGUACAAGGUGAAGGCUCACUUGCCAGCCCCUCCUCCCUGCCUUUGUUCUUUCCUGCCCCGUGGACUUGGCUGAGGUGUGAAGGGAGGGAGUGCCGUUCUUUCCAUCCAGGCCCUCGGCAACUGGCACUUCACAACUCUCUUCCACCAAGGACACAGCCAGCAGCUCCUGCCAUGGACAGAUGGUACCUGGGUGGUAGCCCCAAGGGGGAUGUGGACCCAUUCUACUAUGACUAUGAGACUGUCCGCAAUGGGGGCCUGAUCUUUGCUGGGUUGGCCUUCGUCGUGGGGCUCAUCAUCAUUCUCACCCUCUCAGCAACACUGAGGGAUAGCCAUGACUGCCACCAUUUUCCAGAUGAAAAAUCAGACCCACUCUGAGAGGUAAAGGAACUUGCUCAAGUUUCCACAGCCAAUCAGAAGCACAGUCCAUUCAGCAGAACCCAGGAGUGUUCACCCUGCAUCCCAUUCCCCACCUGCUGCUGGAAAGCAAGCGUAGCUGGGAACCAGAGGUUUUCGGCCCUGCUGUUAGUUUAGUGUGGGUCCCAACUCCCUGGGCCUCAGUUUGCUCAUCUGUUAAAGAGGGAUAACCUCACUUACCUCAUAGGUGAGGGCUAGCAUCCAAAGACAUGGAAACCAAGAAAGCACUUAGAAGGAUCCAGUGUAGGCAUGGUGUGUUCUGAGGGGACAGAAGGGUCCUUGUAUAUCCCCCAGCCUCAGCAGGCAUAUAGCAGGAGCUUAAUAAAUGCUUACAUGUUUAAAUCUGCAGCAUGUUUGGUCCCCCCAGUUCUCCCAGAAGCUCCUUCAGGGAGGCGCUGUGUAGCAGUUGAGCACACAGGUGUGGAGGCAGACGGGAGUGAACAGGGAUCUUGGCUCUGGACUUACUGCCGUCCUUCAAGAGCUUAUUGAGCAGCUACUACAUGCCCAGCACUGUGCAGGAGGCCCAGGCUUGGCCGCCACUCUCAGUGGUGAGGAUCACAGUCCUCUGAGGUUCUACCUUGCAGUCAAUGUCUAUUGACCAACUGACUGAUUGACUUGGGCUUCUGAAUGCUUAGGGCCCAGCCCUAUACACAGAGAGACACAGUCAACUGUGGCCUCCAAGCCACACCCUAGGGCCUCUGUGCUGGCAGAAGGUAGGGAGGACGGACUACAGAGCUGAGUCCUUCAGGGCAGAGUAGGUCUCCUUGGAAGUGAGAGGUCGAUAAAAACU